UUUUCGUGUUUUUUUAAACAAAACAUUUCAUAAUUUGCUUUAUUAAGCAACACAGCAAAACUAGGCUUUAGUGAAACUGCUUGAGGCAGCGUGUAACCCUGAAAUAAAUUAGUAAAAUUUAUAAAAAGAAAUAAAAAUUUCGCUAACAUGGCUUUGCUGACAAUGAUAGCUAGAGUUAUUGAUGGCCUUCCCCUGGUGGGCACCAUGCAAGAUGAUGAGCAGAGCGGCCGCAGUAUUAUGGAGUAUCAAAAUCAAGCCAAAAUGUUAUUUCGUAAAUUGGGUUCACAUUCACCAGUCCGCUGUAGUAUAGAAACCGGACCAUAUCUAUUCCACUAUUUAAUCGAAAAUGAUGUGUGUUAUUUGGUUAUGUGUGAUAAAAUGUAUUCCAAACGUUUGGCUUUCAACUAUUUGGAAGAUUUAGCCCAAGAAUUCCAUGCCAAUUACGGCCGCAAAGUUAAUUCAGUGACACGACCUUAUGCUUUUAUAGAAUUUGAUGUUUAUAUACAAAAGGCCAAAAAACAACUCACCGAUCGUAGACGCAAUAUAAACACAAUCAAUACCCAGUUACAGGAUGUUCAACGUAUUAUGGUUCAAAAUAUUGACGAUGUCCUCCAGCGCGGCACUGUGUUAUCAGAACUUGAUACCAAGACUCAAAAUCUUUCCAUGAUGUCCCAAAAAUAUAAAAAAGACGCCACCUAUUUAAAUCGUAAAUCCAUGUAUGUUAAAGCAGCCGCUGCCGGUAUCGUUGUUAUAGUAUUUAUUUUAUAUUUCUGGGUUUUGUAAUAUUGCCAAACCAACCAACCACAAACAUAACUAACCUAACAACCACAACAACAAUAAUAACAACGUUAAAACAAAAACAUAAAAAAGUAGUGUAAUGAAAGUUGAAGUAAAAUUUAAAAGUAAAAAAACCACAAGCAACCAUAAUUUGUUAAUUUAUUUACUAAAACAAAUUUAAACGUUUUCUUUUAUUUUAUUUUUUUUUGUUUGUCUAUAUUUUGUUUUUAUUAUUUUAAUUUCUAUAUAAUACAAAAAAAAAACACUAUUUAGUUUUUGUGUCGGUUUCCUUUAAACAAAAGAAAAAUUAAUGAUAAUUCCUUUUUAUAUAUGAAAAAUAAACAUAAUAAAUGAAAUAUUUAUGAGAAACAA